UAUCUGCGGGACACUGGCCUCCACUUCCCCAUAGAUCCGGGCGCCAGCGCUUCGGUGGGAGGAAUGGCCGCUACGGGCGCUUCCGGUACUAAUGCCGUCGCUUUUGGGACAAUGAAACAGAAUGUUCUCAAUCUGGAAGUGGUUUUACCCGAUGGUCGGGUGACCCACACCUCUGGCCAAUCGUGUCGAUCGCGUAAAUCGUCGGCCGGCUAUGACUUGACCUCAUUGUUUGUGGGCAGCGAAGGAACGCUGGGAACCAUUACUGAACUCAGUCUCAAACUGAGCGCAAUUCCCGAAUGUGUGUCGUCUGGUGUCUGUACUUUUCCCGACGACAAGUCGGCCAUCGAUUCGGUGAUCGAAACUCUGCAGUCGAGUAUACCUGUGGCCAGAGUUGAGUACUUGGACUCCGUAUCGAUCAGCGCCUGUCGUUCGUACAGCAAAGUCACUGAUCUGGAGGUGAGUCCCACUCUAUUCCUCGAGUUCACGGGCGCCACAGACGAAGAGGUGGAGCGCCGGGCAGACAGUGUCCGACAGAUAGUUGAGUCUAAUGGCGGCACAAACUUCCGGUGCUCUACAGACCCGACACAACGGAAACAGCUGUGGAAAGCGCGCCACGAAUUGUACUACUCGUGCAGAUCCCUAAUACCCGACCCUCUGGUCAUUAUAACCGACGUUUGUGUCCCGAUAUCGCGAUUGACUGAAAUGAUAGUCCGGGCGAAAGCAUUGAUAGCGCGGGAAGGAGUGUUGGGUCCGGUGUUUGGACACGUGGGCGACGGAAACUUCCACAGCCUUCUGAUUGUUCCGCGCAGUGAUGACCAGGCGUUGGCGCGCGUGAAAGCCGUGGCCACAGAAAUGGCCGAAAUAGCACUGGAAUUGUGCGGCACGUGUACGGGAGAGCACGGCAUAGGCAGAGGCAAA